AUGGAGAUCUUGUCACCCAAAUUCUUCCCUGAGAUAGUAACAGAAGAUCCUUUUCAUCAUAUGUAUCACCCUCAACAAAUGAUGAACUCCUUCGAUUUCCCUCUCGACGAUUUCGACUUCAAUCUUUUCUCUUCAGAAAUGUACCCUCCUUGCGCACCAUUUGUUCCAGAAACGAUGCAAUGUCCCAUGGAUCCGCUGGUAGAAGCUGCUCCAGCAGCCAUUGAGAGGCCGAUGAAGAAGCCAAAGACCGAUAUCUGGAGCAACGCCUGCUCACCCGAAACAUACAAAGCCCCAAGAACAGCGACGUCCUCACCAUCAUCUAGUCCCCAGUUGAUAUCUUUUGGGAGCCCGGAUUUGUCCCCACCUGAAUCACAAAAUUUUUACGGUGUUUGUGAGCUCCAAGAUUGUCAAAAGGAGAUGAAGAGAGUUGGGGCAAUGAGUAGACCAACUGUACAUACAAAAGAACACGUGAUUGCAGAGAGGAAGCGGCGCCAGAAGCUUAGUCAGAGCUUUAUUGCUCUCUCUGCUAUCAUUCCUGGCCUUAAAAAGAUGGACAAAGCAUCGAUCCUUGGCGAUGCAAUCAAGUACACGAAGCAGCUUCAAGAACGCGUCAAGAAACUCGAGGCAGAGGUAGCAAACAAGACCGUGGAAUCAGCUGUGAUUGUAAAGAAGUCUCAAGUCUCAGCAAACUAUGAUGAGUCAUUAGACAAUAACUUCUAUAACCAAUUUGAGCAACAGCUCCCUGAGGUUGAAGCUAGAGUCUUGGAUAAAUAUGUCCUUUUCCGAAUCCAUCAUGAGAAGCGAAAAGGAUAUACAACAGAAAUACUUAGCGAAAUAGAGAAGUUAAAUCUAUCUAUUCUCAACAGCAAUGUGUUGCCUUUUGGGAGUUCCAUACUCGAUAUGACAAUUGUAGCUCAGAUGAAUGCUGGAUUCUGCACGAAAGUUGAGGAUAUCGUCAGCAAUCUACGCCAAACUCUUCUCAAGAUUGCAUGAUCUAUCAACAUCGUCUUCAUUCUUUCAUUUUUAAAAGUCUUUUCUAAUUUUUCCUUUCGUCAUUCGGGAGUUGGCUACUCUUUUUUCCCCAGUAUAGUGUAUUUUGGACCUUGUAAGGGAAAACCUUGGAGU